CAAUCAAAGCAGAGUUGCAAAAUUGAAGAAGAAACUCACUUUACUUACUAGUAGCAGCACCGAUUUCGAAUAUCAUCGUUUCGCCUGGGAAAACAUGUCGGAGACGGAGAGGGAGCAACCGCUGUUAGCAUCGGAGGAUAGAGCUUAUGAAGAAACCGAGAAAGUUCUCAUAGUCGGAAUCGACGAAGAAGAAGACGCUGAUUACGGCGACGAAGACGGAAACGCACCUAAAUUCUCGUGGAAGAAGCUAUGGCUGUUCACCGGACCUGGGUUUCUGAUGAGCAUAGCUUUCCUCGAUCCAGGUAACCUCGAGAGCGAUCUCCAAGCUGGAGCCAUCGCUGGUUACUCUUUGAUUUGGCUCUUGAUGUGGGCUACGGCGAUUGGGCUUCUGAUUCAGCUUCUCUCUGCUCGCCUCGGUGUUGCCACGGGACGACAUCUUGCCGAGUUGUGUCGGGAAGAGUAUCCCACUUGGGCGAGGAUGGUGCUUUGGAUUAUGGCUGAGAUUGCUCUGAUCGGUGCUGAUAUCCAAGAAGUUAUUGGUAGUGCCAUUGCUAUCAAGAUCUUGUCUAAUGGCUUGGUUCCUCUUUGGGCAGGAGUUGUCAUCACUGCUCUCGAUUGUUUCAUCUUUCUUUUUUUGGAGAAUUAUGGAAUAAGGAAACUAGAAGCUGUGUUUGCUAUUUUGAUUGCAACUAUGGCACUUGCUUUUGCUUGGAUGUUUGGUCAGACAAAACCCAGUGGAACUGAACUUCUUGUUGGGGCAUUGGUCCCAAAACUCAGUUCCAGGACUAUCAAACAAGCUGUUGGGAUUGUGGGAUGUAUUAUCAUGCCUCACAAUGUGUUCUUGCAUUCAGCUCUAGUGCAAUCCAGAGAAGUUGAUCCGAAAAAGAGAUUCCGGGUCAAAGAAGCUCUCAAGUACUACUCCAUUGAAUCCACUGGUGCUCUUGCGGUUUCCUUCAUUAUCAACGUCUUUGUGACCACGGUGUUUGCCAAAUCGUUCUAUGGGACAGACAUAGCGGACACCAUCGGUCUUGCAAAUGCAGGACAAUACUUACAGGACAAAUACGGUGGCGGGUUUUUCCCGAUUCUCUAUAUAUGGGCGAUCGGAGUCUUGGCUGCUGGUCAGAGUAGUACCAUCACAGGUACUUACGCGGGACAGUUCAUAAUGGGAGGGUUCUUGAAUCUCAAGAUGAAGAAAUGGGUUAGAGCCUUAAUCACAAGAAGCUGCGCCAUCAUCCCAACAAUGAUCGUAGCGCUUGUCUUCGAUUCGUCAGAUUCGAUGCUGGACGAGCUGAACGAAUGGCUAAACGUGCUUCAAUCUGUUCAGAUCCCUUUCGCGGUCAUCCCUCUGCUUUGCUUGGUCUCCAAUGAGCAAAUCAUGGGAAGUUUCAAAAUCCAACCGUUGGUCCAAACAAUCUCGUGGAUUGUAGCUGCUCUAGUGAUAGCCAUUAAUGGGUAUCUAAUGGUGGAUUUCUUCUCAGGAGCUGCAACGAGUGUGGUUUUGCUCGUGCCGGUGAUCAUAUUCGCGAUAGCGUAUGUUAUGUUUGUGCUUUACCUAAUCUCACGAGGGCUCACGUACACUCCGUGGCAAAUAGUGGCGUCAAGGAAAGAAACACAGAGGGAGGGAUGAUGAGUAAGUAAGCUUUCAUUGAAGGAAUAAGAAGAAAGAGAGCUGGAUGGAUGGCUCUUUUAUGAAAGAAACAAACAAUAGAAAGUUGGGUUUCAGUAGUAUGGUCACAAUGGAUUUGUAAUAUAGUGUUUUUAUUUUAUUUAUGGUUUUAGAGUAUAGUUGGUUUUUUUUUCUUUCAAAGAAGAUAUUCAAAAAUAAAUACAUCAUUACACAGAUGACGUGAGAUGUUACAUCA